AACUAGUGAGAGUUGAUCUCGAGAGAAUGUUGCUCGCUUUAUAUUUGCUGCUCGCCCUAAGCGCGUUGCUAACUUACGUGCUAUAUCGCAAUUUAAACUAUUGGAAGCUGCGCAAUGUGCCGCAGGAGCCACCGCAUCCGUUCUAUGGCAAUCUUGUGGGUUUUCGCAAGAAUCGCAUCAUACACGAUCUGAUGCUGGAUUAUUACAAUAAAUAUCGCAAGAGCGGUUUGCCCUUUGUGGGUUUUCACUUUCUGCAAAAGCCGGCAGCCUUUGUCAUCGACACCAAGCUGGCCAAGCAUAUACUAAUCAAGGACUUUAAGAACUUUACGGACCGCAACAUGUUUCACAAUGAACGCGAUGAUCCGCUGACUGGACAUUUGUUCAAUCUCGAUGGCAAGCGCUGGAAGGAAAUGCGACACAAGUUGUCGCCCACUUUCAGCUCUGGCAAAAUGAAGUUUAUGUUUCCCACUGUCAUAAAAGUGUCGGAGGAAUUUAUGAACGUAAUGUUUGAGCUAGUGCCGGCUCAAGCUGGCAGCAGCAUCAUCGAAAUUAAGGAUCUAAUGGCUCGCUUCACCACCGACGUCAUUGGCACCUGUGCCUUUGGCAUUGAAUGCAACACGCUGCGUACGCCUGUGACUGACUUUCGCACAAUGGCCACUAAAGCAUUCACUGAGGUGCGCAAUGGGCCGCUGCUGACAGCAUUCCACUUCAGUUUCCCGCAGCUGGCCAAGAAGCUACGCGUGCGUAAGACGCCCGAGGAUGUGCAUCAGUUCUUUAUGAACCUGGUCAAGCAGACACUUGCCUAUCGAGAGCGCGAGCAGAUAAAACGCAAUGACUUUAUGGACAUGCUCAUAGAGCUGAAGAAGACAGGCAGCUUCACCUUGGACUCCGGCGAGGUGGUGCAUGGCCUGACUGUAGGCGAAUUGGCAGCUCAGGUGUUUGUCUUUUUCCUAGCGGGCUUUGAGACUUCCUCCUCCACCAUGACCUACGCGCUCUAUGAGCUGGCCAAGAACCAAGAUAUACAGGACACAAUGCGUGCGGAAAUCGAAAAUGUGCUGCAGCAGCAUGAAAACAAAUAUAGCUACGAAAGCAUCAAGGCUAUGAGCUAUGUCGAUCAAGUUAUAUCAGAAACUCUGCGCUUGUAUACGAUAGUGCCGCAUUUAUCGCGUAAUGCCUUGAACGACUACGUAGUGCCUGGUCAUCCGAAAUUGGUCAUAGAGCGUGGCACACAAGUCAUAUUGCCCGCCUGUGCCUAUCAUCGCGAUGAAGAUCUCUAUCCCAAUCCCGAGAAAUUCGAUCCGGAGCGCUUCUCGCCCGAAAUGGUCGCUGCUCGCGACUCUGUGGAAUGGCUGCCCUUUGGUGAUGGACCUAGAAACUGCAUUGGCAUGCGAUUUGGCCAAAUGCAAACACGCAUAGGGUUAACACAGCUGAUAAGAAAUUUCAAGUUUACAGUUUGUGAUAAGACUGAACAAAAGCUGACCUACGAUCCAAAAUCAAUUGUGCUGUCUGUCAACGGAAUUUAUUUGCGCGUAGAACGAGUUUUGUUGUAACUGUUAUUAAAUAUUGUUAAAUAUUUAAUUAUGGGCUUGUUAUCAGGGCAUUUAUUUGUAAGCAAACA